AUGCCAAAGAGCAAUGAACUGGUUAUUGGUGGGUCAAAUACAAUCAUUAUUUCUGAGGAUAUAAAUGGAGUUGAUAAAGGGAAGAUGGUGGUAGAUAUGGAGCCAGCGGUGCAUGAGUUUUUUACUUGUGAAAGGCUAACUAUUGAAGGCAGGCAACAAGAUGUUAUGUUCGAAAUUUUAGAAAGUGAGAAUAGGGGCAGUCUAGCCAUAGCAGAUGAGGCAUUUCACUUGGAUCAAGAAGAACAUGGAAAUUCACAUAAGAUGGUUCAUAUGGAGUACCUAGAAUGGAAAUCCUCUGAUCAUUGUCCAAUGUUGAUAGAUUUUGUUAGGGAUAUGACCGGAUAUGGCCCUCAUCCGUUCCGGUUUCAAGAUAUGUGGUGCUCACAUGAAAGCUUUAAUAAAUGUGUGGAAGAUGUGUGGAGUGGGGAGGUUUCUGGGAUGGGUUUGAUUCAGUUGGCAGCCGAACUUAAGAGGCUUAAAUCGGUUCUUAGAGUUUGGAACAAAGAAGUAUUUAGUCAAGUGGACCAUGUGAUCAAGGUCUUAGAAGAACGCAUGAAUUUUCUUGAAUGCCAACUUCAGGAUGGACAUGCCCCAGAUGUGGAAGGUGAGUAUUUACGUGCUAAAGCUGAAUUAGAGUUAUAUGAACAUAGAGAAGAAAUUCAGUUGGCACAGCAGGUGAAGAGGAAGUGGCUUAAAGAGGGAGACAGGAAUACGAGAUUCUUUCAUGAUUUUGUGAAUCAACAUAGGAAAGCUUCGGCGAUUAAUAGAAUGGUUUUACCAAAUGAGGUGAUCUUGGAAACGCCGGAAAUGAUUCACUUGGAAGCACUAAAUUAUUUUCGAAACUUCCUUACAGAAGAGGGGCUGAAUGUUAUUCCAAAAUUAGGGGACUUAGUAUUCUCGGUGGUUAGUGAUGAAGAAAAUUUGGUUCUUUCUAAAAAGCCAUCUGAGGAGGUUUGGAAUGCUUUAUCAUCCGUUCUUAAGAAUAGUAGUCCUGAGCCGGAUGGUUUUAGUUCUGCUUUCUUUAUCCAUUGUUGGGAGACGGUUAAAAAGGACGUGAUUGAAGCUGCGUGUGAUUUUUUCCAAGGUAAAGCAGGGACUGAUGUUUUUGUAUGGGAGCCAUCUUGGGAUGGUGUUUUCUCAGUAGCUUCGGCAUGGGACUCGAUAAGAGUUUGA